AUUGGCGGCCUGGACGUGGGCUAUAAAUGCGGGCAGGGAGCCGAGCUCUCAUUCCACCGCCAGCACCGCUCCAGUAGCGAUGGCUCCCCUCGUGGCCUUGGUCCUGCUCGGGCUGCUCUCACUGUCUGGCCUGGAUGCGGUCGCGCGUCCCCCGAAGGUUCAGGUUUACUCACGCCACCCAGCGGAAAACGGAAAGCCAAAUUACCUGAACUGCUAUGUAUCUGGGUUCCAUCCGCCCCAGAUUGAAAUUGACUUGCUGAAAAACGGGGAGAAGAUGAAGGUGGAGCAGUCAGACCUGUCUUUCAGCAAGGACUGGUCUUUCUACCUUCUGGUCCACGCUAAUUUCACUCCUAACGCUGUGGAUCAGUAUAGCUGCCGCGUGAAACACGUGACUCUCGAUAAGCCCAAGACAGUUAAGUGGGAUCGAGACCACUAACCGGCAUCACAGAGGGAACCUUGGCACUGAAAACCUGUUCAGAUUUCCUGUUACAUCCUGGGACUGGCCGAUCAAUGUGAGGAACAUCAGAGAGUUUGGGUGCCCUUCCCAGAGAGACACAGUUUCUAAAUGGUAGAGCCAGGAUCUAAUCUCUAAUACCAGCAUUCUUUCCUCUAAGGUUGUGGGAGAACCAGUGGGAUAAACUAACUGGAUAUGCUCUCUGUAAGGGGUCUGGAAGGUGGCUUGCAGCUACUUCUUUGACCCACAGUGAUUCCUACAGCACAGGUUAGAUAAAUUGGCGGUGCUAUCUGUAAUUCAAAUAAAAUAAAUGUAUUUGCUAAUUA